AUGGGCUUGUCUAUUGUCUUACUCCCAACAGAGAUCCUUGCGGAAUGUUUUUCGCUCAUCACACCCAGUGCAUUCGUGCCGGGUCCAUUGCCCAUCGGUUCUGGGGAUCCAGGUCACGAGUACUUCUUGUAUAGGUCAACUCUAGCAGCUCUAUGUCUAGCGUCCAAACGGUGCAACGAGGUCGCUUACCCUCUUCUCUAUCAGAGUGUCAUCGUGCGGAAUGAUAGAGAAGUUGUCUCGCUGUUCUUCACACUCUUGGUAGACUUCUACUUACCUACGCCCAAAGCUGGUAGAGCAAUUCGCUAUUUUGCUUGUCUGAACACGCUGGGACAUCACCAUACGGGCAUCAAGGAGUUAUUUGCCCGUUAUAAGGAUAACCUAACAACAAGAAGUUACCCAUCGAAGGCUCAGAGACCAAAACAAAAAUUCCUUGAUCAUAUCCUAGAUGAAAUUGACUCGGACAAAGACCCGGAAAGACUAGGCAUGCUGUUCCGAUUGUUGGCAUAUAUCCUUCGGUACGCACCUGGAAUUCAAGACGUCUUGCUCCAAGUUCCCGAUAACGAUUAUACACCUCAAGACGAGGGUAUGGGAGAACUUCUAAUAGCGCUGAACUCACUAUCUGCGACUGUUCGGUUGCAGUGCGAUCCCACUAUUAUUGAUUGGGCGGCCAUCCGAAGGAACCAUACGAGUUUCGAUGCUAUAAGUCGAGGACAUGAACACAUGAUACUGGGAACCCGCCUAGACUUCCUGGAUGUAUUUCUCCACACUUCCGUCGCCCAUUUGGAGUUUAUACACGACUGUGGUCGGUGGGUCUGGUUAUUUGGUCGCCAUGUUAGCCACCACAACGACGACCGCAACGACAGCGGCUGGACAAUUUUCGAAAGGGAGCACGACGAGGCAGCGAAUGCCUCUCUGCGCUUGAACACAGUUCAAGACCUGCGGCUCUACGAUUCGAGGAGUGCCCCAUUCUGGAUUGACCGACUGUUGAGAUACAGUCCGAAUUUGAAAAGCUUCACGUGGACUUUUUGUCCACACGACUGGAUGAAAUCAUAUACCUUUCAAGAUCUCGGUCGCCUAAAACCAUCUAUGAAGGUCAACGAAGCGCUCCUGGCUGGAGCUGACAAAAUAGAGAGGCUCACAAUUGAAUGCACGGAGGGGAUAUGCGGACCAGUCACUUGUCUGGCUGCAUACAAUAAAUUACGACACCUUACAAUUGAUCUUCCGACGUUGUUUUACAACCCAGAUAACUCAGAGUCCAGCCUCAUUUCAGAGGAGUUGCAGGAACUCAGCCUGGGGCGUCUCAUCCCCCCAUCAGUCGAAACUCUCGAGCUUAUCGAGAAGUCCUUCAUCCUAGCCACGAUGGAGGUCACGGCAGGAAACCGUGACCAAAUAUUGUCAGCCCUCUUUACGAAUCUCGCGGAAGAUCGUCGCGCAGGUACACUCCCAAACAUCCGCCGGGUGACAUUUAGAGCCCUUCCAUCGCCGGGUGCAUCUCCAGACAAUGCUCUGGGUCAUGCCUCGCAGAUACAAGAAUGGCAAGGCGUCCUCAAAAGGGCGAGCGUUGAGCUCAUCUGGGCCUGGCAGCACACCAGCGAGGUUCGGGAGCCCGAAGAACUGCAAGCAGACGACGAUUGGGUGUAUGACGAUUAUGAUGACCUUUUGGGGAUUUAUUCGCCGAGAAGAUCAUUCCAAGCCAAUACCCGAAUAUCCUUGAUGGCCAUGUUGCGCAGUCAGUAA